UGAUUCAAUCUUCUGGUGACUAAGGUGAACUACCCAUACGUUAGAGUCAGUCGAAAAAUCAAGUUUUUCGUUGAAAACACAACGUUUAGAGGAGUAACAGUGUUGUGCUAAAUACUGGGGGUGCUUUUGGUUGAAGAUGGCCGAAGAAGGGCCCCAAAUCAAGGCCAUUGAUGGGGUGUCGUCCCCAGUUAUCGUUGCGUUCUGCCUAGCUGCACUAUUCUUCUUCCUAUGCUUGGCAAUCGUGACUUACUUCCUCUACAGGAGACGUAUUCGAGAUGCCAAAAGAGGUCCAGACCAGCCCUUGGCUUUCCAGACCCAUAGACGACCAACAGCAGUGAAGAGUCCUGCAGGGGCUACCACUCAUUACCUCAAGAAGAGCCCUAGCCCAACAGGUCCUUCCAAAACACCUCCUGGGAUGUCGGUGCCACAGACUCCAAGUCCAACAGGUAAUCCCCCACCUAUUGGUGGCCCAUUGGAAAAUGGGGUAGCCAAAGGGAACGCACAUGGAAACAAUGGUAACAUGCGCGACAAGAACGAAACAGCAAUAAUUAAGGAUAUGUAUACUAGCGAGAGUGAAACCCACACACCUAGUAAGGAAGAAUUGGAAACCAACGAGAAGAACCUACAGCAGAGUGCUUCGUAUUUAGGUCAGCUGGUGUUCAAACUACGGUAUAAGCACGACAAGAGCGCCCUCAUAGUAUCGGUUGUACGCUGCAGAGAUCUACCGGCCAAAGAUCCAAACGUCGGUUCUAGCGAUCCCUAUGUCAAGCUACAGCUUCUGCCAGACAAACAGCACAAGGUGAAGACCAGAGUCCUGAGAAAAACACGGAACCCAGUAUACGACGAAGACUUCACCUUCUAUGGCAUCACUUUCUCCCAACUUCCCGAAAUAACUCUACACUUCGUGAUACUCAGUUUUGACAGAUACUCCAGGGACGACAUAAUAGGAGAGGUGUUUUGCGCCCUAGACCAAGUGGACAUCUCGCAGAUAGAGACUCAACAGAUGGCUCUGUGCAAGGAGAUUCAACCCAGAAGUCUCAAGAUCCGAUCUCAAGGACGCGGAGAGCUUCUCGUAUCACUCUGCUGGCAACCUGCUGUCUCCAAACUCGCCGUCGUGGUAUUAAAAGCCAGAAAUCUGCCAAAAAUGGACGUUACAGGUUUAGCAGACCCGUAUGUCAAGAUCUACUUGACGUACAAAGGACAGAGGUUGGCCAAAAAAAAGACACACGUGAAGAAGAGAACAUUGAGUCCAGUUUUCAACGAAAGUUUCGUGUUUGACGUUCCUCAAGACGCUUGUGAGGGUCUGACAGACAUAGGAUUGGAGUUCCUGCUGUUAGACUGGGACAGGGUGACCAAAAAUGAGGUGAUUGGCAGAUUCGACUUGGGAGGGGCCAAAUGCACAGGAACAGCACUGAAUCACUGGAACGAGGUCUGCAACUCGCCACGUAGACAGAUUGCAGACUGGCACAAGCUCCGAGAAUAAGAUCGAAGCUCCAAGUCUCCAUAUAACCUUAUCAUUAAUCAUGAAACUUGUCAGUCCACACUGAAUAUACAAUAACUAUCGCUGAUGGAUGUAGCGCGAAUCAUCCUAAUUUUUUACAUGCUUUCAUGUAUGAUAGAACUGGAGAGAUUGACUCCUUUUGGUUUGGGACCUUCGUUUACCUUUGGGGCAUCUAGAUUUAGAAGAAAAUACACAUGUUGUUGAGAUUUCCAUUACACACUUUAUUCAGAUUAAAUAUUAGUAAGAUGCGGAUCAUAUUUUAACGUGUGAGUUUCGAAUCAUGAACAGAACAUUAUGAAUUGGGGAGCAGCACCUUUUGGGAACAAAUAGGCUCAGCAUCAGCAUUGAAGAAGGUUCCAGAGGUGACUACUUCUCUCUACUCUUCAAAAUUACCGAUUUCAGGGCAAACAGACCAAUUACUUGCCGUUGUCUCAAAGUUCAUCAUUGAUUACUGAGUAAGGGUUACAUCACACUUCGACCUUGAGGUCUUUGUGUGCCCCUUCACAGCUAUUCUCUCUUCUGCUCGCCUUCCAGUUCCAGAAUUCUAAUGAACUUCUCUGGGAUGGUUACAUUCUCACUCUUCUCUACCAAAAGCGUUGGUUUGCAAAGGUGGGAUAUUCUAUGACCAGGUGUUUUGGCAUUUCUUUCCACAAAAAGUGCACUCUUGAGUUUCUAUACUCAUUAGGUGCACCAUAGGGUGGCAAUGCCUAGUAAAGAAGCCAGCGAGAAUGUGUAGCAUAUUCUUACAGAGAUAUCAUCACUUUUUGGAUCAUGACAAUGAUCUAGGCCACACCAAACAAGAAAUAACACAUGAUUGACUCUCAAAGAUGCUGAUUUCAGAGUUUUCUGAAUGUAUAUUCCCUCUACAAUAUGGAAUUUCAAAUUCUCAACUAAUAAUUUAGUAGCAAUCUUACGAAGAUACUAAGCUCACACAGUUAAUUGAAAAAAUUGAACCAUCUUCGGUACAAAAUAGUAGUACACCAUAUCUUGUAGACCUAGUGUAUUUUCUACUAUGUGUAUGUUUCCUCGAACUGUUUAAUCAAUGUAUUUUCAACUGUGCACAUGCUACAGCCUUCAUCGUUGCCCUAUAGAAUAACUGUCUAGAGAGUACCGAAGAUGAUUCAUACUUUUGGACCAUACGGUUCAAUUUUAGAUGAUCGGACUGAUUUCAAACACAGAAUCGAUGAAUUUAGGAAAUAAAACAGCUUGUCUGUUCCAUUGACUCGCUGGUUUUGUGGAGAGUACUGAAAAAUCAAAGAAAAUAAGAAUUAAACGAAAUUAUGAAAUAGUACAACUAACAUAAAAACAAAAAACAACGACCAACAAAAGCUGAUUUUGAGAAACUUCACAGGCUCUACAUAGAUUCUGAGGAAUUAAUAUAAUAUAAUUAAUAGUGUGGUCAGAUUUUUGCACAAAGCCAGUCGAGAUCAAUUUUCUGAAAAAACCUUGUAGAUAGUCAAUAAUUGUGGAGCUUUCUUUCGCAUUUCCUCAAAGUAGAUUUAUGUAAAUAAUACGAUACAGUUAAAUUAUUAGAUAGGCUAAAAAAAAGAGAAAGAUUAAAACCGCUUCAAGAAAAAUUUUUCAUCUGAAAGAGAGGUUAUGAAUGGUGUUCCGUUUGGUACGAAAAUACGCUUUGGUGGUGUUUCAGAGUUGAAAUAUGAUUAUUGGAUAAGUCCAUCGAAAAGAAAAUCUAUUUAUACCUUCAACUUAUAUGUUAAUCAACGAGGUAUUAGUUUGGUUGAACUCAAACUUAGUUGUAUAGAGAAGAUUUACUCAAAGCUGUUUUAGAAUUAUAGAAUUGAUGUUACUCAACCUUUUAUUAACAAAAAAAAAAUUGGAUAUAAUUCAAAACAGUCAGUAAAUGUGGAUAAAGUGAGGGGUUUUGACAGUUUUUAUAAGAAGAAAUUCGAUUCAAGAAGUAUUUUAUUAUCAUUUACUGAUUUUGGUUUUGAAUGGAUGCAGAACAAUUUUUGCUCUGAAUUUAAUUAUUUUGUUUACGAUAUCAAUUACUAUUUUUCAUUGAUACCGUUAGUUUUGUUUUUGUAAAUAAAAAAUAAAUGUUUGAAUGGUUUUUA